UUUCACAUACUAGAAGACUUGGAACCAAUUUAUAGGUCAAGGAUGAAUAGAAGACAGACAGAUAUAGAGUGUGGUCCUUAGAAAAGCUCAAAAAACGGACAACUCAAUUUGCCAAAUUAUUUAAACAUCUCCAUCUCCUUUUUAACUCAAAAUCUCCUCAAAACAUACUUGUAUAAGCAAAGAGAAGAACCCAACUCUACUUUCUCUCCUCAGUACAGAUUCUCCCUUUUCUUACCUUUUUCUCAUUGUUACUGUCAAAGUUUCUACCUUUCUGCUCAAAUUUGUACUCAUUUUAUUUUUAUUUUUUUUUUUCUAUAAUUUUGUUGCAAAUAUUUAAAGUAAUUUCAAUUUUCAUUAAUUUAUAGAAAAAAAUCAGAUUCAAUCUUUUCCCUCCUUUAUUUUCAUUUGUUUUCUUUCAAAGUUUCCACCUUUCUGCUGAAAUUUGCUAUCUUUUUAGUUAUUUUUCAUCCAUUUAUUGAAAAAAUAGAGAAUAAAACAUAUUAAGUCCUACCUUUCUUCUGAAAUUUUCUAUUUUUUGUACUUUUUGGGCAAAAAUUUCAUGUGGGUUGUGCCAAUUUCUUGAAGAAAGAUAGUCAAAACAGCUUCAACCCUUUCCCCACCUUUUAAAGUUUCUAUCUUUCUGCUGGAAUUUGCAAACUUUUUACAUUUUUUUUUAAUUUUAGAGCAGAAAUUUCAUGUGGGUUUUUUCAAUUUAUUGAAAACACAUUUUAAAAAUUGUUGGAGAAGGAAAAAGAUGUAUCCAAGGUUCAUUCAACCUCAUCAUCAUAAUCAGCAACACCAGCAACAACUUCAUGAAUCUUUAGGUGUAAUGGCGGGUCCCAUUGAUGAAAUUCAUCAAGUGGGUCCUACUACAACAACUUCUGCCGGUGACCCAAGACUUGUGUUGACUUCUGAUCCAAAGCCUCGUCUCAGAUGGACUGCUGACCUCCAUGAACGUUUUGUUGAUGCUGUUACUCAGCUUGGAGGACCCCACAAAGCUACACCGAAGGCUAUAAUGCGGACAAUGGGUGUGAAGGGAUUGACCCUUUUCCAUUUGAAAAGUCACCUUCAGAAAUACAGAUUAGGUAAGCAAUCUGGGAAAGAUACGGGUGAGACUCCUAAAGAUGGGAUGUCGGCUUCAUACCAUUUGGAGAGCCCUCGGACGAGUAAUUCUUCUUCAAGCUUGCCAACACCCGACAUGGAUGAGGGUUUUAAACUCAAGGAAGCGUUGAGAACUCAAAUGGAGGUGCAGACUAAACUACAUUUGCAGGUUGAGGCUGAGAAGCACUUACAGAUACGACAAGAUGCAGAACGAAGAUAUAUGGCGAUGCUUGAGAGAGCUUGUAAGAUCCUUGCAGAACAAUUCGUGGGGGUUUCUAUUACCGAAGGCCACGGACAACACACCCUCCAAGGUCAGGCAUCGGAAAUUGUUUACACUUUACAAAAUCACACACUGAGUAGUAGAUUGAAUAGUCCUACUGAUCUAAAUCCCCACCAUAGGGAUGAUUGCUCUGCUGAAAGCUGCUUGACAUGAAAUAUGUCUUUCGAGAUUUUCAGAGUGAUUUUCUAGCCGCAGCGCGAGAACGCAAGAAUGGGUUUGAUUCUGCUAGUGUUCGGGAUUUUGUUUGAAGGACUAGCCGACUGCAAAUAUUGACGUCUUCAUCUAUACAUAGGCCGGAGUCGAAAGUUACACUCAUAAAUCUUGGCCAAAGUGCUUAAAUGGUGCUUAUUAGUAUGUGUUAUUCGGUUAACUUAGUAAGUGACAUAGUUCUUCCCUGAAGAACAUAGAAUUUGUAGGGUAGAUUUAAAAAUAUGCUUGUACAAUCAUUUGUUAAUGUUUCUAACAUGAAGAUGUUCUUCCACAUUCCACAACAUAUUUUAUCUAACUUUCCUCAACUUCACUCUCCAUAGAUUGUCAUUCUUAUGGUUAUUAAUUACUUUAUCA